AUGGUCACACGAGUUAAGGCCGGUAUCAUGAAGCCUAAUCCAAGAUACGCCUUGCUUGCUGUUAAAGGUAUUCCAGAAGUUCCAAAGAUAGUACAUGAAGCUUUAAAUCACCCGGGUUGGAAUGGUGCAAUGAAAGAAGAGAUGGAUAAUUGUGAAGAAACUCAGACAUGGUCAUUGGUUCCGCCUCCUUCUGAUGCCAACAUCCUUGGUUGCAGAUGGGUUCACGGAGUUAAACUCAAUGCAGAUGGAACGUUUUCGAAGUAUAGAUCAAGAGUUGUGGCUAAAGGCAAUGAACAGGAGGAAGGAGUAGAUUUUAUCGAGACUUACAGUCCUGUGGUACGUACCGCCACAGUCAGAAUGAUUCUUCAUCUUGUUGUUAUUGAAAGAUGGGAUAUUAAGCAGCUUGAUGUCAAGAAUGCUUUCUUGCAUGGAGACCUUACUGAGAAAAAAGAUACCAGUAUCAUCUUCCUUCUCUUGUAUGUUGAUGAUAUGCUGAUAACAGGAAAUGAUCAGCCUCUCAUCCAACAGUUGCUUAAAGGUCUGAGCAAGGAGUUUAGGAUGAAAGAUAUGGGGCCUCUAAGCUAUUUUCUUGGUUUGCAAGCUCAGUUCACCUCUACUAACCUGUUUUUGAAUCAAGAAAAGUAUGCAACCGAUCUUCUCCAAGCAGCAGGGAUGUUAGACUGUGCCCCAAUCCCAACUCCGCUUCCUCUCCAGCUUGAUAGAGUCCCGCAUCAGGACGAAUAUUUUUCCAAUCCCACUUACUUUCGUAGUCUCGCUGGCAAGCUCCAAUACCUCACUCUUACAAGACCUGAUAUCCAAUUUGCUGUCAAUCUUGUCUGUCAGAAGAUGCACAAGCCCACAGUCUCACACUUUCACCUACUGAAAAGAGUCCUGCGAUACAUCAAAGGAACACUGAAGAUGGGGUUAACACUUGAGUCUGAUACUGAUUCGCAAAUGAGAGCGUAUUGCGACAGUGAUUGGGCUGGUUGCCAAGAUACAAGAAGAUCAACUGGUGGUUUUUACACUUUCUUGGGGACAAACCUCAUAUCAUGGUCCGCCAAGAGGCAAGACUCAGUUUCACGAUCAUCUACUGAGGCAGAAUACAGAACUUUAUCUGAUACAGCUGCGUAG